CCAGGUGAUGAUGUCCUCAUCAGCGGAGUCUACUCCCUCUCCCUCAACCCUCCUGUGGAGAAAUAUCACAAGGAAGUGUCCCUUCCCAUCCAACAUUGUGAUUCUGGUGACGAAUCAACCCUCUCUUUCAUUGCUGCUGAUUCUACACGAGACAAACCACCCUACUACAUCUUUGAGCAACUAAAAGGAGGAAACUUCUCGGACUCUAGGGAUCAUGGAACCAUUGAAUUCGACAAUUCUUCAUUAUCUGUAAAAGAUUCACUAGAUUACACUAUUCACACUUACUAUGUCCCUGUGAAGGAUGUGCCCAAUGCCUAUGUUGCACAUACCGCUGUCACUUAAAACACAAAGAUAGUAAUGGAGGAGGUGGAAAAAGUGUUUCGUACUAGAAAUGCCGAAGAAGGCCCUACAGUAGCGAUGGUACGGUUUCUU